ACGAGCCCUGACUGUGUUUUAGUUUCAGGUUUGAUACGACUGGAGCUGAACUGACGGAGACGCUCGUGUCAUUUUGUAUUCCAGCUACAACUCACUGAAGAUGACGUGGACACUUUUCCUUCUUCUUGGUCUCUCCUUGGCUCAAACCACCUUCGGCUGGACUUACCAUUUCUCACGCAAGUCUAUGAACUGGACCCAGGCCAGAAAGUGGUGCCUGACCAAUUUCACGGACAUGGUGGUGUUCCAGAGCCAGGAGGAGAACGACUACGUGGUCUCCAAGCUGCCAAACAGAAAAGGCAGCCCGUAUUACUGGAUCGGAAUCACCAAGAGCCACAAGAAUGAAACCUGGACUUGGAUUGGCAACAACAGCACGUGGAUCGGUGAGAAUUCAUGGGCACCGAAUGAGCCCAAUAACAACCACAGCACAGAGUUCUGUGUGGAGAUCUACGUCAACACUGGACCGAACCGGGGCAAGUGGAACGAUGAGAAAUGUGGCAAUAAAAAAUAUGCAGUCUGUUAUAAAGCUCAGUGCACUGCAGCGGCAUGUGAAAGAGGAAGAUGCCAGGAAACCAUCGAGAACACGACGUGCCUCUGUGAUCCCGGUUUUACAGGAGACAGGUGUGAAACAGCAGUGGCAUGUCCUCCUCUGUCCCAGCCUGAUAACAGCGACCUGAGCUGCUCCGGAGGAAACCAGGUCUUCAACACAACCUGUCGCUUUAAAUGCCACCCAGGUUAUCUCAUGAUCGGCCUCUCAGCGGUGACCUGUGGGCUCACCGGGUUCUGGAGCGGCCCCAGACCUGCUUGUUCAAGCUACAGACGGGCUCUGCUGGCCGUGGCGGGCUCUGGAGCCGUCUCCAUCCUCGGCUGCAUCUGCUUUUGCUGGAUGAAGCGCCGAAAAAGAAAGAAAGUUGCCCAAGUGAGGCAGCCUGACGAGGCAGCAGGUCCGGCCGGCGCCGUGGACGGAUGAAGGACACCUGGAACCUCAGUCAUGUCCUUCUUAUGUCUGUUGGUGUCUUUAACACUUUCUGCAGGUUGUUUGUUGGACAUUUUUCUGUCAUGGUCCAGAUUGUUCUGUUAAAUUACUAAUAACCAGCAAAGCUACAGGCAGGAAAACA